AUGGCAUCGUCGUCUUCGUCCCGUAGAUCUCUUCUCCUCGUCCUGGAAGUCCUCUUCGUUACGUUUCUCUCCGCAUCGGCUUAUCUACCGGAGAUCGGAGGAUUUGCCGGAGACGACAUCGUUGAAGUCAAUCGCUCACAGAGAGAGUUCGAUUAUUUCGCUCUCUCUCUUCAAUGGCCUGGAACUUACUGCCGUGGAACUCGCCAUUGCUGCUCCAAAAACGCUUGCUGCAGAGGGUCGAACGCUCCAACUCAAUUCACAAUCCAUGGGCUAUGGCCUGACUAUAACGACGGUUCCUGGCCUUCAUGUUGUUAUCGAUCUGACUUUAACGAGAAGGAGAUCUCAACGUUGAUGGAUGGCCUUGAAAAGUACUGGCCCAGUCUUAGUUGUGGUUCUCCAUCAACAUGCCAUGGUGGAAAAGGGACAUUUUGGGGCCAUGAGUCUUCACUAAAACUAACUGAGUUUCAUUUGUUGGUUGUCAUGUAUCUCUUUGCAAUACAAACUGGCAAGAAACAUGGGACUUGCUCUGCUCCUGUUUUUCAUGAUGAGUAUACUUACUUCUUAACCACACUUAAUAUCUACUUAAAGUAUAAUGUUACGGAUGUCCUUUAUCAAGCUGGCUAUGUUGCUUCCAACAGCGAAAAGUAUCCUCUAGGAGGUAUCGUAACAGCCAUUCAGAAUGCAUUUCAUCUUACCCCUGAAGUGGUAUGCAAAAAAGAUGCAAUCGAUGAAAUACGUAUAUGCUUCUAUAAGGAUUUUAAGCCCAGGGACUGUGUUGGUUCAAAAGAUUUGACUUCGAAAAAAUCAUGUCCCAAGUACGUAAGUUUACCGGAAUACACGCCAUUGGAUGCUGAGGCUACGGUUCUAAGGAUGCCAACAGAUAAAGAAGUUCUUUGA